AUGAACUACAUGAAAAUAUUGAAGAAAGUAUUGUUUUGCAUUGACAUCAAUAAAUUAUGUGCAAAAGUUGCUGUCAUUUCUGUAAUUUUAGUUUCCUGUGUCGAAGAGUUUUUAACAAAGCACAACAUCGACUCUGUUAACCCAAAUGAUAACGAAGACAUUACCCCCGAUGAUAGCAGACAUACACUAUCACUAUUAGCAGAAUAUGUGAGACCCGAAAUCAGCGAAUCACCCGGAGCAAUGGGCAACAAUGAGCUUGAAACUUGCCUGCAGUUAAUUAAAACAGAACUGAAGUCAGAAUUCAAUGCACCGCAUUUAUCUAUCAUAGCAAAUUGCUCGUCGAUUGUUGAUCAUGAAUCUUACAAUAUGUGCAGCGACGACAAGGUUGAAAUACCGGGGGGACAAGAACAUAGGCAAACAAUAAGAAUAAGUGAUCAUCAGAGUUCGAAAGUAGAUAAAGAAAAAAAAGAAAGUACUAAAACUUUGAUAGAUGAAAAAGGCGAAGAUGUCGAGAGAAUCAUUAAGGGAUUGUCUUUGAAAGAGAUAGAGCCAAUGACUGGGACACGUGUGAAACAAAAAGAACACAGUGGUGAAGAGACAGAAAUUUCGGGUCAGGCAAAAAUGUAUGUUUCUACAGCAAUACCCAUAGCGACUUCAGCAACGGAUUCGAAAGAAGCUUCUGUAGAAACUGAAGGUGCCUUACACAAGAAUGCGUUACAUGCAAUCUUGUAUUCAUUGAAUGCUAUAUUAGUAUACCUUGAACUGGCCAGUCUUACGUUGAUUGAAAGGGAUCGAUCAUUAUUGGAUGACAUGUAUGUGGAAAUGGAACAAGUACACAUCACUGUUGGUGAUAUUUGUAAUAGGAUUGCACUCACUGCACAAGACAUGGAUGAUAUUUUAUAUGGUUCGGCGUUAUACUAUACAUACAUUUAUAGAAGAAUGGACUAUUUUGAAAGGAUAUUUGAAAAAAAUGAAACCCAAAUAAAGCGAACUGCCGCUCUUUUAAAUGACAGCGUUCGGAAAGUUCUUGAAACACUUUUAGGGUUAAAAGCACCGGUGGAGCAGAUGGCGAAUCAGUCAAAGGCUGCUUAUGAUCAUUUGCAACAUUUACAACAGCUCUGUAAAGAUGAAGAAUGUUUAUUAAAAGAAUGGCAACGCAAUUUGAAAGAGAGUGUUCCUUUGUCUAAAGAGGAGACAAAGCAAAAAGAAGAAGCUGAGGAUGCUGAUAUUAAGGGUGACAAAAUACAGUUUUCAGGAACACAACCCGACAAAAAAAGAAUAUAUGACGAUUUGGGUACAUCUGAGAUUUUGACACAAGACAAGAUAAGACCUUCAGAGAUCCAUUUAUGGCACGCAAAGGAUAUGGCUUUGAAAGAGUAUGAUGAAAAAACACAGCAAACCUUGACAGAAAUGCUCCGACCAGGUCCUGCAUUGCUAGUUGAAAGUACUGACCUAAAAUUUGAUGAACAGACAAUCAAAUCUCACUAUAAUAUAUUGGUUUCCGAUCAACUUUUUGAGCGUGACGCAAUUAUUGUGGAAGACAUUGAGGCGUUCUUGUCAGAGUUAACUUCCAAUCGUGAAACGAAACUGAUUGAGGAUCCUAAACUACAAAGUAAAACAGAACAAGCAUCAAGAGUAUUCCUAAAGCAGCCAAGUGCAGAUGAACUAAAACGCAGUAUGUCUCUUAAACUACAUAAGGAAAAAGACCGAGAAGAGAGCAGACCUAUCAUAGAUUAUGACGAAAAUGUUUGGAUGUCUUCACAACUACCUAUCAAAAGUCAAGACAAACAGAUUUCGACUGCGUCUUUACAACAGCGAGGUGGACGUAUAACAUUGUGGUGUAUUCAACGGAUACAAGAUCAUUUCGAGUGCAUAACGGUCCAACUGAAACGGAUAAGAUUAUCUCUCUCUCGAGUGUACAAGAGUUUAAAUUACAUUGAAAAUGAAAAUAAAAAUACCAUCCGAAAAUCCUUGGAUCUUCCAACUUUAACAAAGGAAUGGUCUCAAGUUAAACAGCUUGCACGGGAUUGCCAAAAUUCAAAUGAUAUGAUGAAAUAUACAGACAUACUGUCUAGAUAUCAGCUAGAUAAAAGAGUGGAAUUGUUAAGAGAUAUAUUAAAAGAGUUGGAAACAAAAAAUUGAUCGAUUCAUUUUUACAAGAAAGGAAAAGAAUGGAAUAAGACUGUUUUCUAAAAAGGACCAAUUUAAAACACAAAUAAGACAUUUGUACUUUUUAGUUUUUUGAAGCAAACUCGAAGGCGAUUUAAUUCAAGUUUCAAGAGCUUGUUUUAUAAUCAAGCUUUAAAUUAAAUAUGAUAACACAUUAAGACUGGGUUACAAAUUGGCAUACUUACAUAUUAUUUGUAUUCAGAAACUUUCUAAUGUUUACACUUCUUGCAUACAAAAACUAUAAAUGCUUUUGUUUUGUUAUAAAAUGUUAAGCUACUUGUAGCUUUGAUAUAAUGAUGAUUGAAAGCUUUGUAUAUAUUUGCAUUGCGUUAUAUGAAUUAUGAAUAAACGAUAAUAGAUGUGUACGAGUAAUGCAUUUGUAAUGGGUAAUGGUUGAUUAAUUACUUUUUGUGGUUUUUGAUACGUUUGUCAUAAUGCACUUUUGUUUUGAUACUAUUAUAGAUUACACAUUUUUGACUGAGUUGCAUAUAUGAUGCUGUCUGGAUUUGUUUUAUCUGUAUCAGUUUGUUAAAUAUUAAUCAGAAAAGGGUAUUAUUUGAAGAAGUUUUUGAUUCACACAUAGCUAGCCUUCUUCUUAAGAUGAUAAGAUAGUGCCCAAAAUGGGCUCAAAUUAUUGAAACGCUUGAAAUAUGAUGUAAGAAUCACGCCAAGUAACAUAUACGUUACAUCUAUGUAACACAUAUGAGAGCUCUAACACUUAAAGCUACAUAAGAUAAAAAAGUAAACAUAUUUUUUCUGUCGGCUUAAAAACAAGCAUUCUAUAAUUUUGUUAACAUUUUUAGCAGUUUUGUUGUAAAUCUCAUUAAAAAGUGUUCAUUUUAAAAAGAAAACCUACGGUAACACUAAAGUUCGUAUACGAAUUUUAACAUGCAAAUAAAGACUUGUAUAAUUAGUGUAUGCGCUACGUCACAAUGGUAAAAUCAAUUGUAACCAUGCAUGUGGAUCACAGGAAAUAUGAGAUAUUCUUGGGCAAACAAACUUUUACCGUUUAAGUUUCCCGAUGCAUUGGCUCUGUCGUUUACAAAAAAAGUAAUCAUCUCAUAAAAUGAUUGAAUUUGUAUGAAAACAUCCGUUAUAUAAUGCGGCAAUAUACCGUUAAAUUCGGACUGCUAUUCAAAUAUGUUUGUUGCUUUUUUUUGAUGUACGGAUGACCCAAAGGCAGAGUUUCUCAUGCAAAUAGAAAUUGUACUACCGAUUUCGCCACAAUGAGGUUGUAGAUUUAUGGCUUAUAAAACUCGUUUUAGGUGUCUGGACGGGAGUCGAUAUGAAACAUAUUUAUGAAACAUAUUUAAUUAACGAAAUGUAGAUAUUUCUUUUUUAUGAAAUUUAUUUUAUGUAGCUUUAAUAUGACACACAUCUAUAAUGAGAUAAAAAAAUUAACAAUUAAGAACAAAAUGCUCAUUUACUCACUUUAAUAGGAAAAAAAUCUAUAAACGCUUUGCUUAUAUCAUUUGACCAUCGGAGUCCCAUAAAUAAUUUUUAAACAUCUCAUUACGGAAACAGUGAAAUAUGUUUAUACAAUGUGCGAUUCAGAGCCAUAAUGGCUCAUUUAUGUAAUUCAUUCAUAACAAAAGUAAUUCACAUUUACAUAACAGUCAUAGUUUACGAUAAAAUAUCAACACAUAUGUUACAAUAGAAUCUAUAUUAAUCUACAAAAUGUACCAGCUGUGCAUUCAUUCCAAAUACCUCAUACACCAUACAUUCAAAAUCAUUCCUUACCCUUUGAAUAAAAAAUAGCAAGUACAUAG